CCUCAAUGGCUGCCAUAGUCGGUCACUGAUGCGGAGUGAAUGCAAAAUAUUCGAUCUAUGUCACAGCUUCAUCUACAACAGUAGUGAUAACAAAUGUAGUGAGGGUAUGUACAACAGUCUGCAGUGGUUUAAAUUCCCUUAAAGCUCAAAGUUCAAGCUUUUCGGUGAAAGAAAGGGCCUUUUGUUAAGAGAAUAUGUGACCCGUGUCGUCCAUCGUUGACAUGGUUCAUAAAAACGCUUAUGCUACAAACCCUGAUAGCGGAGUCGAACUGGAGGGUUUUGAUUCCUCGUUGAAAUCGGAUACGGCUCGACAGAUCACUCAACAAUGGAUUGAGGAGGCUACAGGACGUCAAUUUCAUUCGUCACGAUUCAUAGAAUCUCUGCAAGACGGCGUUCUACUGUGCUAUCUUGUGAAGCGAAUACAACCAGAUUCGUCGAUAAUUCAAGAUGUGAACGAAAAUCCAACCCCUCAGGAAUCUCAGAUAAACCUAAAAAAGUUCUUGCGUGUUUGUUCUGAUCUUGGUCUGAGUGCUUGGCAACUUUUCGAUCCUCAGGAUUUAGAAGCAGGAGAUAAUGUGAUCAACUACAAAUCAGAAGAUGAAGUUGUUCAAAAGGUUGUGAGCACUUUAUACUGGCUUGGGUGCACUAUUCAAAGCAUGUCUUACUACAGAGGACCUAAACUUGAUGUUAGCAAUUUUCAAAGGGAAAGUGAUGGUACCAUAACAGUAAAGCCAACUGCCAGGGUUCCUGCUAACAAUUAUUCCCACAGAAGAAUGGAAGACAGACCUCACAUGAAUGGAGGAUUAAGACAGGAAAACUCAAUACCAAUGCACCUUACAAAUGGUUAUGCUGAUAAUAAUAAUACAAUGGCCAAUGGAGAUGAUGCUGUGGAGUUUGCUGUUAAUGUCAGAAUACUUGGUGAUGAAAAACGAUUUGGCUUCUCUGUUAUGGGAGGAGUAGAUGAGGGAUUUCCACCAAGAAUUGAUGAAAUCUCCAAAGAUUCUCCUGCUGCAAAAACUGGUCUUCUGGUUGAUGACGAGAUCUUGGAAGUGAAUGGAGAGCCUGUAACCAACCUUAGCCACACAGAAGUCAUUUUAAGUAUUCACAAAUGUCUUAGAAACAGGGUCAUUGCACUGAAAGUAAGGAGAGGACGAAGAUCUUUUCAAGGGCUAAACAAUGGUAUAGAUGUUUAUGAUGGAAUAAAUGGCAACUACAAUGGGCAAGUGGAUACAGGCACAAGAGAUAAACUUCAGCAAAUCAUGAGAGAGCAUGAGAGUGAUCCACAAUUCCAAUAUUACAACUCUGAUGCUGAAUCAGAAGGAUCACACAACAGUGAUAAAUUUUAUAGAAAUGGAGACAUUGGUGUUGUCUCACCAACUGACCCUGGGUGGAAUAAAGAUGUUGGCAAUAAAAGUUUUGGAAUAUCAGGGAAAAACUUAGCUCAAUCAAACUUACAGAAACACAAGUCACUCUCAACACCACUCAUUGAUUUGACAAAGCUGGAUGCUAUAGAGGCAGCUGUUGAUGUGGAUGAUGAUGAUGAUGAUGAUGAUACAUGGGCUCUGCAUAAUCAAGCUUAUGAUAGCGACAAUGAAAAAGAUCAUCCAGGAGCAGCAGAGAAAGAACUGUUUUUCCCAGGCAUCAGUGAACUAAAAUCAAAGCUGCAAAGUGGUAACGACAGAGAAGGAAUUUCGUUUGUGGAAAACCUCUUGGAGCAGAAAGAUUUUCAAGAUGCUACAAAAGUUUACACUAAAAUGAUUGAACUUGAAAGAUCUGGACGAGGACCGAGUGCAGUCAGACCUGUUGCUACAAAUUCACAACAUCUCUCUUCUCAGUUGAAACAUUCCCUCGAGGCAGCCAGACAUUCAAGAGAUGCAGAUGAAUUGGUACAAAUCUUAGAGAUGCCAAACUUUCAGGGUCUUCUGAUGGCGCAUGAUAGACUCGCUUUCAGAGAAGCUUUGCCGAGCGAGGAAGAAGAACAGGAAGUGGAUGCACCCGAAUCCCAAGAUCAGCAAGAACCGCAGCAACCUACGGAUGAAUUCUCUCAUGUGGAAGACGACAAUGUGAAGAUUGUGAGAAUAGACAAAGCAACUGAACCACUUGGAGCUACUGUAAAGAAUGAAAAUGGCACCGUGAUGAUAGGUAGAAUUGUUAAAGGAGGUGCAGCAGAUAAAUGUGGUCUUCUUCAAGAGGGCGAUGAAGUCCUUGAAAUAAAUGGAGUAAACAUGAGAGGGAAAACUGUAACAGAGGUUUGUGAACUGCUGGCGGACAUGAACGGGACGUUAACAUUUGUUCUAAAUCCAGCCAAUCGAUCCCGCGUCCCACCUGAUAGAGAAGUCCACGUGCGCGCGCACUUCGACUACCAUCCUUACGAAGACGAGUUGAUACCGUGCAAGGAACUGGGACUAGCAUUCAGAAAAAGAGACAUUCUGCAUGUUGUCAAUCAAGAAGAUCCUAACUGGUGGCAGGCUUGGAGACCAGGCGAGGAAGGCAGACAAUUAGCUGGACUCAUUCCAUCCAAGCAUUUUCAGCAACAGAAAGAAUCGAUGAAGAAAUCAACUCGAGAAGCCGAGCCGUCCAACAAAGAAAAGAGUGGAUGUCUUUGUUUCAAGCGAAAGCGAAGGAAAAAGGUUCUUUACAACGCGAAACACAACGAAGAAUAUGUGGCGGACGAGGUGUUAACAUACGAAGAAGUGGCGCAUUUACAGCCAGAUCCUCACAGAAAACGGCCUGUGGUUCUUAUAGGACCUGAUAAAGUUGGCCGGAAAGAGUUAAGACAAAAGUUGAUUCUAUUUUCACGAGAACGUUUUGCUCUAGUGGUACCUCACACCAGCCGCCCAAAAAGACCUGAAGAAGUCAAUGAAAGAGAUUAUUACUUUGUUCCACUACCCACGUUUGAGGCGGACAUUGUGGCCCAUAAAUUCGUGGAACACGGAGAAUUCGAGGGUCACUAUUAUGGCACCGCUUUAGACUCCAUUAGAAGAGUGGCCAACUCUGGCAAAUACUGUAUUUUAAAUCUCCAUUGUGAGGCGCUCAAGAUGCUUAAAGCUUCUGAUGUGAAACCCUACGUGGUUUUCAUCUCACCGCCAUCUUACGAUAGAAUAUUGACCCUUCGGAGAGGAAGAGUGGAUCCAUUCAACCCUAAUCCAAAUUCACCUAUGUCUGACGCGGAAUUACAUGACAUGGUGACUAAAGCGAGAGAAAUGGAAGAAAUGUACGGCCAUUACUUCGAUAAAACAAUCGUGAACACAGACUUGGAAAGAACAUUUGACGAACUCAAACAGGCCAUCGAUAAACUUGAUGUGGAGCCACAAUGGGUACCAGCUUUUUGGGUAAAUGACAGCCGUGGCAACUUGUAGAAAAAAAGCCAUGGGCACCAGCUAGAGAUAAACGGUUUUUCGCGAGACGACACCUUGUGUUAUGCGAAUGAAAAGGAACAAAGAAAGAUUCAUUACCGUUUUGUAUCGUGGAAAGAAGGUAUUUUUUUCUGAAAAGGGUGCCCAGACGAGGAAACCAAAAAAUAUAUGGAACAUUGUCAAAUUAAAGGAAAAUAAGUUGCCGAGGAAUUUCAUUUUAGUUAUGCAAGUUAUUCAAUAUGUACAGCGAAAAAUUGACUGACUUUAUUUUCUAAAGAAUGUAUAACUAAUCUUUUCAUUUAUGGAUUCUAUAUUGAGCCAGAAGGGGAUCUGUAUUAGGUGAACAAGAACGAAUGCUUUAGUUUAUGUAACAGAGAGUUUAUAUCUUCCGAAAUUUUUGAGAUAUUUUACCAUUAAUUUGCAGUAUGUAAUAUUCUGAGUGUGGAAGGUACGACAGGUUGCUUUCCCUUUUUUGUGUGUGUGAUGUUCUCCAUAAAGCAGCUCCCUAGCGCUUCUGGCAAAAUACGGAUCAGAUACAUAAACUUGAUAACGAAAAAUUUACUUCACUGGUGGUUCGUGCUAAGAAAAUCAGCCAAGUUUGAAAUGUUUUUUAAGUAUACAUAUCGAUAGAGACUGAGUAUGUAGCAGGUCAUUUCAGUGGCCCCUACCAGAAGUGCGUCAUUAUUUUUUAAAUGUCAGUGCUGAUUUCAAGUGACUUCACACAAGUCAAGUUAACAAACAAGUUUUAUUUGAUUAUAGAGAAUUGCAAAUUGUAUCAAACCAUUUGAACGAAUGAGCAAAAAAAAAAAGCAGAUAAUGAAAAUCUGUCAGAAUGAUGGAGGGAAGUCUGUCAUUUGUGAGAGUUAAUUCAACUGAGCUGCUUAAGGUUCAAAGCGUACUUUGAAAAGUUAUAUUCCCGAGAAAUUGAGCUUUCAUACAAAGCAAAUCUUGAUAUAAGGCAAAAGGAGUAGGGAUAAAGAACUAUUAUAAACAGUAAUAAUAUUUCCUUCCCGUUUUAGCGAUAAAGAACGUAGCAGUGAGGUAAUGAGUGUGUGGAGCAGUUUGUUCGUAAUAACCGAGGAUUAUUUUUUACCAAAGGUAUUCGAAGGGACUCUUAUGUAUCCAUUUAUAUAUCUGCGAGAGGUUCAAAAUUAUGUCUUGCUGAAAACAAAAACAAAAAAAAGCUUUACGGGUAAUCGACAAUUUUUUCAUCAAUCAUAUGUUAGCGUAGUUGUUACUUGGCUUAUUUGAUCUGGUAGUGCAUUCCUUAUUACACUUCGCAAGGAUAUUAAUCAGUCAGGACUCAAAAUUAAAAAGUUUCCAGGCGUCAAAAGGCGAAAAAAGAAGAAAACACAGAAAGACAUGAAAUAGACCAUCAUCAAACCUGGAAAUUUCCGUGGAACAAUUAGCAAACGCAGAAAAACAUGAUACUAGUGCUGAGCGCGUGACAAUCUCUUUGGUUGUGUUUCGCUUCUUUUUCUUCGUCUAGCUUGGUCAGUAAAGAAACCGCCCGUUUCACUAUAGACAAAGGUUUACGCUUUUUUUCUUUUUUUUUUUUUUAAUUCCGUUUCCUACCUUUUUUAUCCCAUUCUAUGUAUUUUUCAUUCGUUAAUCAUGUUAUGUAAAUAGAAAGUUUAGGUGCAGUGAAGUUUUUUGUAUCCAGUUACAGAUGUUUGUGAAGUCUAUCUUUUUUAAAAAACCAAGUUUUGUGCAAUUACUUGACUUCACUCAACAGAAGGCCAUAGCAAAGUAAAACGAUUGAACUAAGGAACUGCUUACAAUUUAAAAAGCAGUUUGCAGAGUACAAUAACAACCCUAACCAGAGAUUUACCCGUAAGCAGUCUUGUGUAAAUUUUUAAAUAGCUGUAACAAAUUCGAAGCAAAUAUUUUUAUAUACUUCAUGGGCCACAAAGUAUUUAAUUAUUUCAUGAAAUUGUAUGUUAAUUAGUUUUAGAUUUUGUAAUUGCAUACAAUUCGAAAUGAUAGGUAAGAAAGCAAAUUAUGAGAAGAUGAUGCAGUUUUCUGCAGCUCCACUGUACAAUUUACUGAAUUGCUAAUUCUCUAAGCAAUGUAUUUCAUGGGAAUAAACUAAAUUAAUACAGGGUGAUUUUAACCUA